UACAUCUCUAUUUGAGGAUCUCGAUAACUUCUAAAAUCUUGUCCAGACAUUUUUUGCUCCUAUCCGGAAGAACUCACACAACGUUUCAAAAUGCGUGCCUCCAGUAUCCUCGCCGCCUCCGCCCCCCUCCUCUCUCUGGUCCAGGCCAGGAUCGGAGGCAUCGGCAUCCCGUCGACCAUCAAGCCAGGCGACACGUUCAACUUGGUCAUCGAGGGCGAGGGCUACAUCCAGUCCGUGACCGACGUGUCCAUAGCUGUGGGGUAUAACCCGGGCGCCAACCCUCUCGACUACGGUCUCGGCAUCUUCAUUACGGCGUUUGAUCUAGUCGCCGACUCCAACUACGAUGGCAACUACAACAAGAGCGUGACCCUCCCGGCCACGGCCCAGACCGGCGCGGCUACCUUCACCGCCAGCCUGGAGAGCCUGUACGGAGUUCAGUAUGAGCCGGCGCUGUACCCUUUCAAUGUGUCCUUCACGAUCGGGGAUGCAACCAGCACGGACUACACCUUUGUCGGCCUCAACCCUCCCGAAUUUUCUUAGAGGGAAAUUAGGCAAAUCAGUCGAGGGCAAUAUAGUUAGUGGUCGGCUUAUAAAAAGCAUGCCAAUGGGUUUAAUGGAGCACAGUUGGUGUGGGUAGUGUGUGGGUGGGCAGGUGGUAUGAUAUGGUAUGGUAACGGUGUAUUUGAAGAACUUAUAUAUAAAUCUUUUUCUUCAUUUGUAUAUAGAUACUAGAUGAAUACACC